AUGAAUUGCCAAUUGCUAGUUGGCAGACCAAGUUCAGUUUCCAUUUCUGCAAUGCGCUAUAUUUGCUUGCUCUCCUUGCUGGGCUUAGCCCUGGCCACGCCCAGUUUUCGCAGCGGCACGGAGCCGGCCAAGAUUUUGCAGUCGCUGAGCAAUCUGCGUCAGAAUAGUUUCCUCGACUGGAUCAUGUCCAUACUGGGGCCAGAGUAUGCGGACACGAGUGUGCCGGCCAAGCGCGAAUGUGCCGCCUGCGCUUGUGGCAACAUCAAUACGCGUCAUCGCAUCGUGGGCGGCCAGGAGACGGAGGUGCAUGAGUAUCCCUGGAUGGCCAUGCUGAUGUGGUUCGGCAGCUUCUACUGCGGCGCCUCGCUGGUGAACGAUCAGUACGCGCUGACGGCGGCGCACUGCGUCAAUGGCUUCUAUCAUCGGCUGAUUACCGUGCGGCUGCUCGAGCAUAAUCGAGAGGACAGCAAUGUGAAGAUUCAGGAUCGGCGUGUGGUGCGUGUGCUGGUGCAUCCCAACUACAGCACCAGCAACUUUGACAGCGAUAUAGCCUUGAUACGCUUCAAUGAGCCAGUGCGUCUUGGGAUUGAUAUGCAUCCAGUUUGCCUGCCGCCUGCAGCUGAAAGCUUUGCCGGCCAAACUGCUGUCGUCACCGGCUGGGGCGCAUUGAGUGAGGGCGGACCCAUCUCGGAUACGCUGCAGGAGGUGGAGGUGCCUGUGCUCUCCCAGCAGGAGUGUCGCAACAGCAGCUACGGACCCGACAAAAUCACCGACAACAUGAUCUGCGCCGGUAAUGUGGAGCAAGGCGGCAAGGACUCCUGCCAGGGUGACAGUGGUGGACCCAUGCACGUUAUGGGCGCCAGUCAAGCCUUCCAACUCGCCGGCAUUGUCUCCUGGGGCGAGGGCUGCGCCAAGCCCGGCUCUCCCGGCGUCUAUACGCGUGUCAGCAACUUCAACGAUUGGAUCGAGGAGAACACACGCGAUGCCUGCGCCUGCAGCCAGCUUGAGGAGGAACAAAGCGCCGCCACUCCUCCUUCAACUUCAACUACAACAGAGCAGGCACAGCCAGAGCUGCCAACUACUCAGGCUAGUCAGCCAACGGGUCAAGAGACUGAAAUACCCGAAGCUGAAUGA